AUGAUAGAACCCUCUGAAGACUCAUUUGAGACGAUGAUGGAGCUUAAGAAUCCAUCAUCAAAACAAAUGGAGUCCUCCGAGGGCUCAUCCAACAACACCACCGUGGAGACACAGGGCAGUGGAGAGCCGGCAGAGGGGGCAGGGCCAGCUAGCGGCCCUGCCCGGGAAGGGGAGGAGCCACCCAGUGGCCCACUCCAGGAAAUGGAAGAGCUGCCUAUUGAUCUACUCCAAGACAUGGAGGAGCCAUCCAGUGGCCCACAUAAGGAAACAGAGGAUCCACCCAAUGACCUACUCCAAGACCCGGAGGAGUCAUGCAACGGUGAUUCUCACCAGGCACUGGAGGAUCCACUCACCGAAGUAUCUGAGGAGACGGAGGGAGUGGCAGUUAGUCCACUGGAGACCCAGGAAGACCAAGAAGACACCACUGACCUGAAGGAUUCGGAAGACGAGGACAGCCCCGAAGAGGAAAGCCAGGUGGAGCCGUCUCCCGCAGAAAUGCUGGCCAUGAUGCGGUCCAUCGUCUCGCUGUUCUUCCGAAUGCACGACCUCAACGAACAGCAGAGAGUGGCGGAGGAGAUCUUAGUGAAAGGGAUCGACGCGGGCCAGCUGCCCACCCCAAGGUGCUUCUCCGGCGACCGCCGAGAGUACCGCGAGUUCAUCGUGCUCUGCCAACUGAUCCUACAAACCUACCCGAGAAUGUUCUACAGCGACCACCUGCGAGUGAGGUACGUCAUCUCCCACCUCUCUGGCCUAGCCUUAGAAUGGGCCCAGUCUCUGAUCCAGCAAAACAGCCCCGUGCUGGGAGACUUCCCGGCCUUCCUGGAAGCCAUGUCAGAGGUGUUUGAGUACCGGCACACUCUGCGCGUGGCAGAAGACGCCAUGUUCAAUAUCAGGCAGGGCAAUCGCUGCGCCACCGACUACAUCAAUGAGUUCCAGAGCCUGGUACCCACCCUGCGCUGGCCCGACGAAGUGCUGCAGGCCCAUCUGUGCCAGGGGCUCAAUGAAGACAUCCGCCAUUAUCUGUUCCGGGUCCCACAGCCGGAUUCCCUGGACAGCCUGGUGGUGCUCAUCCUGCAAAUAGAAGACAAGCUGGCGGAGAGGAGAGCCAUGCUCAGGCUGCCCCCCGAGGCCCGCCCACGGAACCUGACCUGGAUCGACUCACCUGCCCCAGAGCGGUGGUCUGUCAGUAGCUGGCUGCCCACCGACUUCCAUCCUGGCCUCCAACGCGCCCAUCUCUUCCUGCUGCUCUUGGUGCGCGUGACCCCUUACCACAGUGUGGCGGUCCAGGCCCUGGUGGAUUCUGGAGCGGAAGGCAACUUCAUGGAUGAGAAGUUUGCCCAAGAACACUACAUCGAGCUGUAUGAGAAGCCCUACCCACAGAUGAUCCAGACUGUGGACGGCUCCCUGAUCGGCAACGAACCCAUCUGGCUCUACACCGAACGCCUGGUGUGCAUUCACCAGAACCACCAAGAAGCCAUCGAGUUUGACAUCGUACCUUCGCCCAACUUCUCCGUGGUCUUAGGCAUCAACUGGCUGCGACUCCACGCCCCCGAGGUCGACUGGGCCAGAGGCCGCUGCACCUUCCACUCUCCCUACUGCCUGAAGAAUUGCUUCCGCCCACCCCCGCCAUGCAUCGCCCUGGAGAAGCACAGCAUCAGCCUGCUCCCCGGCUUGCCGCACCCCUAUUCAGACCUGGCCGACGUGUUUAACCCGAAGGAAGCAGAUGAUGAGACUUCCGACCAGCCAAGCUCAGACGGAUCCGAUGAUCUUUCUGAAUCAGAGCCCUCUGAGCUUCAGCAGGCUGGAGACAGUGAUCACAGCGACGUCUUUUUCGAGUGUCGCUCCUCCGCGGCCUGGGAGCCUAUAGCAAUCAGGAUGCAGGAAGAAGCCAGGCAGCAAGCCGAUUUCUGGAGGCUACAGAGCAUGCUGAGCGACACACAGGACUACGUACAGAUCAUUCCCGAACUGUUCGACCAGUUACACGGAGCAGCAUGGUUCACAAAGCUAGAGCUGCGGGGGAGCGUCGUGGAGCAAAGCCUGGGCAUUCGGGGCACAGAGGAGGUAUGGAAAGCGGCGUUCGGCCUGCAGCCUCAGGACAUGAAGAGCUACCAGCCCUUCCGGAUCUCACCAAACCCCUGCAUCCCGCAGAGCGUGAUUCACUUCAUCCUACAGGACAUGCUAGGCUUGUGUGUGCUCUCCUAUGGCCUGGAAGUCCUGGUCUACUCUAUGAGUCAGGAGGAACACCUCCAACACGUCCGCCAAGUGCUCGUCCGCUUCCGCCACCACAACAUCUACUGCUCGCUGAACAAAAGCCAGUUCCACCGGCAGACCGCCGAGAUCCUCGGCUUCACCGUGUGCCCCAAGGGGGUGAAACUCAACAAGACCAUCAUGGACGUCAUCACGGAAUACCCCAUCCCUGUCUCCAUGGGCUCCCUGAGCCUCCUAAUGCAACACAUGUACCCCUACCGGCACUUCGUGGAGCAGUUCGUCAUCACGGCUGAGCCCCUCAUCCGCAAGCUGCUGAGCAACGCGCCCUUCACCUGGCGGGAGGAAGACCAGGAGGCCUUCGAAGGGCUGAAGAGGGCUUUCCGCAAGGCGCCCCGUCUCUACUACCCCAAGCCGCAGAAUCCCUUCUACUUGGAAACGGGCGUCACCCGAGACGCCCUGUACGCCUCCUUGAUUCAAGUCGACGAGCAAACAGGCAAGAAGAUCACCUGCUCUUUCUACUCUCGCAACCUCUCCCCGCUGGAGGUGGAGUACCCUCCUGUUGAGAUGAAGAUCCUUCCACUCAGGGCUGCCUUCAUGGUGUGGUGCCGCUACCUGGAGAACACCGAGGAGCCUAUCAUGAUCCUUCUCAACACCGAGGAUCUAGCCUCUCUGAAUAAUGACAGGCUCACCGUACUUCUCCCCGGCCAUUGGGUCUUUUUCUUCUCUCACUUCCUCUUCGACGUCAUGGAGAUGCCGGAGGAAGAUGGCAGCCCAUCCCUGACACCUGGGAGGAACCGCGGCUGGCGGGCUUUGAACAGCCGGUCCAUGAGACCACUCUUGCUCUUGGCCCUGAGGGGGUCGCUUCGGAAUCAGUCGACCGAUUCCGAAUCGGACAGCGAUGAGGACUCGGAAGAGGAAUUGCUCAACCAGCAGACCCUCAUCCAAGAACUCCUGUCUAUGAUCCCCAUCGACCAGGUUCUCAACAGCUUCCUGGCACAUUUCAGCAUGGCCCAGAUUCGGGCCGUGGUGCUCCAUUUCUUCCGGGGCCUGCUCUACUGGAAGAACCUCCUAGCCCUGUCGGCCCUGCUCGUGCUGCUCAGGGCGAGGUGGCAGCUCUCCCUGCCGCCGGCCCCCACCAUGGAGGUGGCGCGGCCCCAGCCACGGCACUCGCUACGCCUCAUCCUGGACUCCACUCUGCUGGCGGGCAGCGGCAUGGCCUCGGCCAUUGCCCAGCUGCUCAGCCAGAUGCCCCCUCUCGUGGGCGCCAAUACCAUCCCAGCGCAAGAGCUGGCCGAACUCUUCCUGGGCCCUGGGCGCUGGCAGCGAAAUGCCCUGCACAGCCAGGCCCCCCGGGGCCUGUGGUUCACCCCCGGAUUCUGGCUGACGCUGUGUGAGUUCUUUGGGGUGAGGGUCACCCCCCAAGAAGGCAAUCGCCCCGUCCCGUACCGGAACCGCUACCUGGAGCUGCGCGUCGUUGGCGAUGAGGAUGUCGUCUUGCGAGAGGCCCUGCAAGACGACCUGCAAAGUUACCGUCAGUGUGGCCUGCAUGACGGCCUGCAAGACACCUCGCAGGACGACCAGCAGGCCAGCGACGGCGAGGAGGACGACGACGGCGGGGGCGGCGGGGGCGGCGGGGAGGGGGAGGCCACGCCCACCCCGGGGGCGGCCGGCGCCCCGCCCCUCCGCCCGCACAGCCUCAUGGACCCCGAGGUCCUGGACUUCCUGAACAACCGCCUGCUCUACAUCCGGGGCGCCCAGGGCCAGCUCAGCCUGCUCAGCAGGGAGCAGGUGACCCGGGCACUGGCCCGGUUCCUGACCAUGGUCUACACCCAGACCCUGCCCGCGCCUGCCCCCGAGGCCCGGCCCAGGGAGGAGACGCGGCCGGCCGACGAAGACGAUGACGGCCUGGACUGA